AUGCGCGUAGUAGAGACACAAAAACUGAUGGCCGCUUUGCCGGGGACCGAUCACUUUCUACAACCUUUCUUACAGCACCGCAUAGCCAGCUCCUCUCCUGAGAACGAGCCCCUUCCCCUAUCCUCCUUCCUGGCCAGAACCUGUGGCCAAGCCCAUCUGGGAGGCAGUGGAGUGGGGCAGGAGCGGCAACACCAUCCUUAUGAGGGGACCAUGAGCUCCAUGACUGGGAUGCUCCAGCUGUGGGGAGGGGAUGUGGUCCAGAGCUCUAGUCUUGGGGUCCAACAGGUGGCAACUCUGACAGUGCCAAAAGUAUCUUUUCCUGGCCACAUCCAGAGUGGACUGGGCCCUCACCCCCACCACCACCACCACCUCCAUGAGCUGCCUCUCACCCCUCCGGCUGAGCCCUCCUCCACCCCGACUGCCUACGCCUUUGAUCUCUCUCCAGGAAAGAUGCUCGCUCCUCAGGUCCAGGGUAGCUCUCAUACCCCAUACUUCCACCACCAGAACAAUAGUAUUGGGCAGAACUUUCCUAACUUCCUCCAAGUUUCCACAACAAGACACCCCUACCACCCUGGUGGGUAUACAGAGGAAGGUCAGCAAUGGUGGAGCCUGCCGCAGACCACCAGCAGCCCCCAUGGCCAUCACCAACCUCACAGCCACCCCCACCAUCACCACCCUCACCCCUUUGCCCUGGGCAGACAGCUGGUGUUGGGGCACCAGCCUCAGAUCGCGGCCCUCCUCCAGGGCUCAUCCAAGGGCUUGCUGGGCUCCACACGUCGCUGCAGGCGCUGCAAGUGCCCCAACUGCCAGUCCACUUCUGGGGGUACAGGGGCUCCAGCAAACCCAGAAGAACCAGGCCGUAGGAGGCUCCACAUCUGCCACCUGCCCGAGUGUGGCAAGGUGUAUAAGAAGACGUCCCACCUGAAGGCCCACCUGCGCUGGCAUGCUGGGGAGCGGCCCUUCCUCUGCAGCUGGCUCUUCUGCGGGAAGAACUUCACACGCUCCGACGAGCUGCAGAGGCAUCUGCGCACACACACGGGGGAGAAGCGCUUCAGCUGUCAGGCAUGUGGGAAGAGGUUCAUGCGGAGCGACCACCUAGCAAAACAUGAGAAGACCCACCAGGGUAAGAGGGGACAGCCAGAGUCAAGGGAUAGCCAGGGCCCCCAGCAGGAGGCUCCACAGCAACCGGGUGGUAGCAGAGGACCAGACAGGAACAUCAAGAAGGAGUAG